UUGAGAGGCGGUGACGGCCGCGCGGGGGGGCGGAGCCAGGCCGCGGUGCAGGCUGGUCUAUUGUCCAUCAUGGAGGCCAUAUUUCACGAGAAACAAGAAGGGUCCCUCUGUGCUCAGCAUUGUCUCAACAAUUUGCUACAGGGAGAGUACUUUAGUCCUGUAGAGCUCUCUUCAAUUGCACAGCAGUUAGAUGAAGAGGAACGGGCGAGAAUGGCAGAGGGAGGAACUGCAACAGAGGAAUAUAAAAUAUUUUUACAGCAACCUUCAGGGAACAUGGAUGACAGUGGUUUCUUUUCAAUUCAAGUGAUUAGUAGUGCCUUGGGAGUCUGGGGUUUAGAACUUACCCUCUUCAACAGCCCAGAGUAUCAACGAUUAAGGAUUGACGCAGUAAAUGAAAGGGCAUUUAUAUGCAACUACAAGGAACACUGGUUUACAGUACGAAAAUUAGGAAAUCAGUGGUUUAACUUGAAUUCCUUACUGAUGGGUCCUGAGUUGAUCUCCGACACAUACCUCGCCCUUUUCUUGGCUCAAUUACAACAAGAAGGUUAUUCAAUAUUUGUAUUGAGGGGAGAUUUACCAGAAUGUGAAGCUGAUGAACUGCUGAAGAUAAUGAGAGUAGUGCAACAAGAGAGACCCAAGCUGAUUGGAGAGGAGGGAACCCAGAGGACACAGACCGAGAGCAGUCCGAGCGUACAGAACAGUGACUGGGAGCAAACAAUCGAUGCCAGUAAAUCCGUUACCAGCGUGGUCGACGAGGAUGAUGAAAACCUACAGAGAGCAUUGUCAUUGAGCCGUCAGCACAUGGAGACAGAGGACGAGGAAGCAGAUCUCCGCAGAGCGAUUCACCUCAGUAUGCAAGGUUUUGGACAAGGAACAGAAAUUACAGAAGUGACCUCAAACGAUGUUGCACAAUCCUCAGGGAUAAAUCAGAUUAGUCCAGAGGAACUCCGAAGGAGACGACAAGACUACUUUGAGAAAAAACAACCAUGUGCACAACCUUCAAAUUCAAAUCAGCCUGAAAAGCCAGGUUGUACAGCACUGCGAGUGAAUUCAGCUAGCGUGACUGAACGAGAGACGCCUCAAGCAGACGUGAACAAGUCAUUAGACACUGAUGCCAAUGAUAAUUCGAAAGAAAAAGGAAGUUAAUGAGAAGAAUGAUGUACUAGCAACAACUGUACUCCGUUUGUUAACUCGCAUGAACUGCAUUACCCUUGUGCUCCUGUCACAAAGAGACAAAUGUACAUAUGUUUCAGAGAGAGCAAAGAUUGUUCAAUCUUGACGUAAAUUGUAGGCCAUCUUUUGGGAUCAUUUGUGGUAGAACCUGCAAAGAUUUCCAGUUUCUGGUCUUCAAUUGCAGCACCUUACCUUCUGUCAAACUCUUGUCUACAACCUCGCUGAAUAAAAUACAGGAGGACAAAAUAAGAUUGCAUCCACACAAGCCUUGUCGUUUGAGAAAAGGUAACUAAACAUUUCCUGAUUAGUUAUACAACCAGUGAUGGGACCACAGAAGACAAAAAUGCUGAAAGUUUUAGCUUCUUUGCUUUUAAAAAUGAAUGUACUUGUUUUUAGCUAAAUUUGUAAAUUUGUGAUUACUCAAGUGUGGGAAAGGGGACUUGCAACAAGCACUUGUUGUUUAUUUUGGCAAUGCCGAAAGUUUACAGAGUAUUUUUGUUUGUUUGGAUGUGGACCUUGCAUUGGUAUUUUAAUGCUGCCUGCUUGUUUUAAUAUUCUUGUAAUAAUUCAUACCUUUUAAUAAUGUGAUACAAACCGCAUUAUGUGGGGUGCCGAACACACACAUGUUCAGCUCAUAAAUCUCCACUUUGAUCAAACCAAUGUAACUCCAGUGUUGUCAAAUGUAACAGGUGUAGCUUUGAGUGGGAGGAGGAAAUACACGGAAAGCACUUCAGAUGUUUCGAGGAUGGAAUGAGGUAUAGAAAUAUUUUGUUGAAGAAAGAUGGUACCAGGGACCAGACGAACACAGGGAAAAACAAUAAAACCAAGAUUAAAUGAAUUACUGUACAUUUACAUAAUUAUUGAGGUCAACUCAGCCUUUAUGAAAGUUUUCUAUCAAGUUUUGCAUUGAAUGAUUGGGAACUAGAAGGGAGUAGGUACUGCUUGUGUGAACUUUACUGAUUGUAUGCUAUAUUUCUUUCAUCGCAGUAAUAUAAAUCUAGUCAAAUUGCCGUGUAUUGAGAUUUAUCAAUGCUGACACUACGUAUUAAUGUCUUAUAGACUUGGAUGUGUUUUGAUUGUAUGGACCGAGAUAACCUAUUACAGAUAAACUUGCAUAACCUAUUACAGUAUGUAUCUUUCAUUUGGAAUAAACACUGUUUUUAAAAUGUA